GAACCAGGUAAUUUUAUCCAUAGUCAAAAAUCCUAAUUCUCUAUAAAAUUAAAAUUUAUAUAACAAUUCCUGCAUUUUUAUUCAGGUUCAAAAUGGCUCGCUGGUAUUCGUUUCUGUCCAUAUUACUUACGGUUUUUGCUGCAGAUGCGUACACGCCUGAAUUUGUCAUAGACACCGUUUCCAUGGUUAACAAUGUCAUGUUCGGUUUCGAUUUCUUCAGAAACAUAAGCCAAGAUCAGAAGAACGUCUUCAUUUCUCCUCUAAGCAUCUCUGCUGCAAUGAGCCAGAUUUUCAUAGCAGCCAAAGGUCAAACGCGUGUAGAAUUAGGCAUGCCAGGUUAUUUUAUUGUCGAGGAUUUGCAUCUCGGUGUUCCUCAAGUGUAUCACAGAUUGUUCAAUCAUCUGAGAAGCAACGGUUCGGAAUAUACGCUCGAAAUCGCUAAUGCUCUGAUUACUCAGGCUGAUUAUCCCAUCCUGACAGAAUAUAAGCAGACUUUACAGAGAUACUACGAUUCUCUGGUCAAAGAAGUGGACUUUGUUAGAGACAACGCCGAAGCCAUACGAACAGUUAACGGAUGGGUUUCUGAGAAAACGCAUGGAAAAAUAACAGAACUCGUCGACACAUUGGAUACCGCUACGCGCUUAGUCUUGCUAAAUGCCGUUUACUUCAAAGGAUUAUGGGCUAAGCCUUUCAAAACUGACAAAACCGUUCAGCAGCCAUUUUACUACGACGGAGCAGAUAACGCAGUGGUUGCACCCAUGAUGACAAUAAAGGAUAAUUUCCCAUACUUGGACAAUCCGCACAGGCGUUACAAGGUGCUGCAACUGCCCUACGAUGGAAAGAACAUCAGCAUGUUGAUUGUUCUCCCUUACGAAAGAGAUGGUGUAGAUAGGCUGAAGAGAGAAAUGUCCAACGAUAUUUUCAAAAAUUUCUUCACUCAUUUUAGAAAAAGUGAGGUAAACGUCACUCUUCCAAAAUUUAAAUUUGAAUAUUCUCGAGAACUAAAAGAAGAUUUAGAGAGAUUUGGAUUUAAAAGUUUAUUCGGUCGGGAUGCCGAUUUGUCUGGAAUGACAGGAAGUAGAAAUUUGUACGUGGAUCGAGUGGUACACAAAGCUGUCAUAGAGGUUAAUGAGGAAGGAAGCGAAGCUGCUGGGGUAACUGGAGUGGUAAUUGUACCAGUAAGCAUCAUAGUGAACCCACGUGUUGAACAAUUCCAUGCAAAUCACCCCUUCCUGUUUUAUAUCGUAGAUAAUAGAAGCAAAUUGAUACUAUUUAUGGGAAGUGUGGACAAACCAUAAAUUGUCAACUAAGCUGUAAAUUUAAUAGAUUCCAAUAAAACUAGAUUUGCUUGUUGAUUUAA